AUGGAUAGCACAGGUAAAGAUGUCGAAACGCCCAUCACGGUGCGCAAGCUCUCAAUCGCAGCGGAAGAGGUGCGCGAGGCAAUUGAAGUUGAGCACACCCUCACAUUCUGGGAGGCUGUGAAGCUGUAUCCCAAAGCAAUUGGGUGGUCCUGCUAUUUCAGCCUAGGGGUCAUCAUGCUGGCAUUCGACCCCCAGCUCCUCGGCAACCUCUACGCCAUGCCCGCGUUCCAGAAACAGUUCGGGUACGCCUUUGAAGACGGGUACAUCAUCUCUGCCGUCUGGCAAACCGGUCUCGGCAUGGGCAAUCCAAUUGGCCAAGUCGUUGGCGCGCUCGCAGCCGGUUAUCCCAUGGAGUGGUAUGGGCGCAAGAAGACAUUUAUCGCUUGUGUCUUCGCUGUCGCAGGAUUAGUGUUUAUCCAGUUUUUCGCUCGCUCCUUACCAGUUCUGCUCGCUGGAGAGCUCCUUGCGGGACUGGUCUUGGGGGCAUUUGUCGUCAUUGCGCCCGCAUAUGCAUCUGAGGUCAGUCCACUCGCUAUGCGCAGUGUGAGUACGAGUUAUGUCAAUCUGUGUUUUGUUACAGGCCAAUUGCUGGGAAACGGGGUCACGGCGGCAACGCAGCACAUGACCAGCCAUUGGGCAUACUCAAUUCCGUUUUCGCUGCAGUGGUUCUGGGUCCUUGUCAUCCUGCCUGGAAUGUGGUUCGCGCCUGAGUCGCCCUGGUGGCUCGUACGGCAGGGUAGACUCGAGGAUGCGGAGAAAGCGCUUGCGAGUUUGUCAAGCGAAAAGGUAAACGUCAAAGCCGCCUUAGCACAGAUCGUCGAGACGGAUUCGCUGGAGAGGGACAUGGAGGCUGGAAGCACCUAUUAUGACUUGUUCCGGAAGAUCAAUUGGCGCCGUACGGAGAUCGCCAUCGGGGUUUACACGACACAGGUACUGUGUGGCGUUUACCUGAUCAACUACGGGACCUACUUCUUCAGCCUUGCAGGGUUGAACACAGACCAGGCUUACGACAUGGGCAUAGGCUUCAUGGCCAUUGGAUGGAUCAGUGUCCUCUUGUCGUGGUAUCUGAUGCAGAAGUUCGGACGUCGGGUGCUGUUUGGCGCUGGUCUUGCCGUACUCACUAUCAUCAUGUUUCUGGUCGGAAUUCUGGACUGUGUUCCAACGCAAGGUGCGGUGUGGGCGAAGUCGGCCAUGCUCUUGGUUUGGAACUCGGUGUACAACUGGAGCGUCGGUCCCGUCGCUUUCGCAAUCUUCUGCGAAGUCAGCGCCACCCGGGUGCGCUCAAAGACUAUCGCGGUUGCUACCGCAGUGCAAGCACUGGUUGGCAUCGUUAUGACUGUUGCUAUUCCGUAUCUCAUCAAUCCAGACGAGGCAAACUUGGGAGGGAAGCUGGGCUUCUUCUUCGGUGGCCUCUCGCUGCCAUGCCUCGUUUGGUGGUUCUUACGAGUUCCAGAGAUGAAGGGAAGGACCUACGAGGAGCUGGAUAUCAUGUUCGAGAGAAACGUGCCGACGAGGCAGUUCAAGAGGUUCCAGAUAUGA